AUGGUGAUCACACCUAUCAAGCAUGGAGCAGACAAGAAAUGCAAGCUUGGAGCUACAGUCACUGGCCUAGACCUGAACAACGUUUCAGAUGAAGAUUUGGCAACUCUCAAGGAAGCUACGCACAGAUACCAGCUUCUCAUGAUCAAGGAUCAUCAUAACCUUGAUGUGAAGAAGCACUGGGAACUGGUCACAAGACUGGAUCCCACGGCCCAUGAAGUUCAUGGUCAUGGAACCGUAGCUCAAUUUGCGAAGACUGGAGGGAUGCUUGCUAAAAGAACUGUUCAUGGUAUCCCAGAAGCUCCAAAUGUCCGUCUGAUUGGCAAAGGCUACCAAGGAGACGAUCACUAUGGCAUCAAGAAUUUUACUGCAGCCGGAGCGAGCAAUGAUUAUCACAGGUACCCUCCUAGUAAAGAGGCAUUCGAAGCUGGCAAUACUCAAUUUCAGAGAUGGCACAUUGAUGCUCCUCUCUAUGAUCGCGAGCCACCUCACUUUACCGCACUCCGAGCAAUUAAAUGUCCUGAUCAGGCUGAUAUUCAAGUCAAUUGGGAUGAUGGCAGCGGCUUAAGCAUGAAGACCAAACCAGGUCAAACUGCUUUCGUCAGUGGUAUUCAGUUGUACGAGUUAUUGACCGAUGAGGAGAAAAUGUUAGCUGAGAAUAGCUGGGUGGAAUACGCACCUUUCCCAUACAUGUGGAUCGAGAAUUGCAAAGGCCGACCAAACGGACUGGGUUUAGAGACGGAGGGCCUCGAGCACAAGAUGGAUGAGAUGCCUGAAUGGGAGGAGAGUAAGAUCAAACGAUACCCGAUGGUAUGGGUCAAUCCCUUAGGCCAGAAAGCACUUCAAGUUCAUGGCAUCUGUGUACGGAAGAUGUUCCUCAAAGCCACACCAACUAGUGAGGUGAAGGUGGUCGAUGAUCUAGUCGAGAUCAGAAAGCUGCUCCACAGCUGGCAAGAACGGAUCAUCAGACCUGAAUACGUGCUGUCUGCACCAGUAGAAGAGGGGGAUGUUCAAAUGUGGGAUAACUGGAGCGUUUUUCAUACCGCCAUUGAUUAUCCGGAUCAGUAUGGACCAAGAACCAUGCACCAAGCCAAUCUUGCGGCUUCCGACAGUCCAGUUGGACCUGUUCCAAUACCUGUAUCGUAG